AUGGUGGCCGGUGCUGUAGUGGCUUCAUCGAUCGUAAUAUGGAGCUUGACGAGCAGCUGGUUUCUCCUGGAGAAAGAAUUCAAAAAAACGCGCGAAGCCCUCGCUCGCUCCAUCCGCGCUAUAGAUGGCAUCAAGCCAGAGGAUCGCCAAAUUAUUCGAAAACGCUCCCCAAAUGAGUUCGACGAGCUGGAGCGCUUGCAUUCGAAUUUGAAAGAGCAAUUGGAGAAACUCCAAAAACUCGAACAGCUCAUGGUGUCGGUUGGACCCUUAAGCCUGUAUCGUGUGCGGUUCCUUGUGUCCACACAACUCGAUACCAUUGUGAUGUUGACCAAAUGCGCCGACAUACUGUUACUGUCAUUAAUCAAAGAAUGCCGGGCAGACGAACAACCCGUAGCCAAAUCUGACGCAACCAACCGCUCAGCUAAUAGCGAGUCCGAGUCACCAGGUCUUGCAGAAGACAAAGGGAAGGCUUGA